AUGGAGGAUAGCCGUGAGUACCAGCUCACCCGUAGUCGCAGCAGAUUGCACGAUCAUUUUCCGGCUCUUCCACAAGCUGACACUUCUGAGAUCACCCAGAGCAAUUAUGGCUACCCAAAUAUCGUGAAACGUGAGCCUAGUGCGCGUAUAAUUGCUUAUAGGGAGAACAUCAAGCGGGAGUACACUGCCAGGUACCGGCGGCUUAGCACAGAGGACGCUUACGCCCGGCGCUACGACGCGACGUAUCUUUAUUCUCGAAGAGGAGUUUAUAGCCAUGAGUAUGGUGUCUAUAAUAUGCGGCCCAAGCCGCCUAUGGGCCCCAAAUCAGUAAGACGCGAUAGUGGCUAUGUCGACCACCGGGGUUACGGUACGUCCCGGAGAAAUGAUACACGCGUCGGCGAAGUUCGCCGAAGCAUCAAUAACACUAGGAGCACACGUUCUGCAGCACGCAGGAGGAACCGUGUGUCGAAGAAAGCCCUGGCGUCUGCGGAGCUGCCUGGGUCAAUGCAAAUGAGGUACAGUGUCAAGCGGCCAACAGACGAUCUUCUUACAACUACUGUAGACGAGGUUUCUACCAUUACUGAGCCCUUGGAUGCGUCUGAAACAGUAUCUGUAACGCGCAUCAGGCCCUUUUCAACUCGCAUUGCGCAAAGGCUUGCGGCUACUCUGCAGGCUGCUAUGGAAACAGAGGAGCCGACUGCUGAUGGUGAGGUUGCAGUGGAGGCUCCAACCGACAUAAAAUCGGAGGAUGUGGACGUAAAUGUGCCACAGGAAGAGUUAAGUGUGGUAACCGUGGAGGCACAGGUAACACACACCCCCGAAGAAAGUGUUGUCGAGCAUACCACAGAUGCUCCGGCCGAUGGUGGUGCAGCGAACCCUGAAAUUCCGAUAAAGCGUAAGAGAGGGAGGCCAAAAAUUGUCCGACCGGAUGUGUCGAACGAUCUACCUCCAGCAAAGACCGAAAAGGUGAAAAGGCCAAGGCCAACGAUAGUAAAGAGCGGCGUGGCGGGGCAACCCAAGGCCCCGCUAACGCCUAAAAGGACGAGUGCUAGAAUAAGAUCAAACAACUUGGCUUUAUCGUACGCUAUCUCUACUCGUCUUGCCGAUGACAUGUACGAGGAACAACUGAAGAAGGCAAUAGCGAUGUCCAUGAAGGAGGCCGGCAACAAUGUGGACAUUGACGAUUUAGAAAAUGGUCUGUCAGGUGACGGCUCCAUCCACAUUAUAAUGAAAAACAAGGAUGGUAAGGGUGUGAUUGCUGAUGAGGACCUUAAAGACGUGGAUUAUAUCCCCUCCAGUCCUACGCGAUCUGCCAAAAGGGCGGCUACGAAGGACCGAUAUAAAUCCACAAGUAGGCCCACGAUGACAACUAGCACAUCUACCCCAAUUUCUAAGAUGCGUAGCACUCGACGUGGCAAAGAUGGUAGAUUUGGGGGUGACUCUGCAGUACGUAUUGAUGGAUCAACCCAAACCGAGCCUACAGAAGAUACCGCUGGGGAGGUGGCGGUGGUCGACGACGGGGCAGACAGCGAGAAAAUGUUGUUUUUUGAAGAAUAUUUGGAGAUGAGUGAACGCAUGUACUGCGGUCGACCUCUGUGCGUAAGACAACUCCCGGAUGCUACAGAAGCGAAAAAAGGCGAAGAGAGUGCAGUUGCAGAUUCAAGUGAUGAUGAGGGAAUGGUUAACUUAGAUGCGGAGCCAGAUAUUCAGUGUCUCUCUCCCGAGAGGCGUGUGGAUAGUGAGCGGAGUAAGCGAAUGACAACUAGAGCCGCUGUAUGUUCGUCCGACAACGAUUCAACGAACGCAGAUGGGUUUUUUGACUUUCAAUGCUCUGACCUCGACCUUAGGUUUAGGGUUUCCUUUGCGAUGCUGACAUCCGAUCUCAGGCAGCCUCAAGUGCUUGACCUUUGGGGUCCAAAAGAGAUUGUGUUGUUUGAGCUGGGCAUGUUUAAACACGGUAAGGAAUUCUACGAGAUUCAGCGUACCAUACCGACUAAAACGGUACAAGAGAUUGUAGAUAUGUACUACCUCUGGAAGAAGACGAACAGGUAUAAACUUUGGAAGGCCAACCGACAGUACUGA